UCCCAGGCACGCGGGCUGCGGGGUUAUUAGAGGUGGAGCGCGAGGAGGGCGCGCGGUAGGAGGCGGCCGCCGUUACGGCGCGAGCGUGGUCACGUGGCCGCUGGUCACCGCCGCCACCCCCUCCCGCCCGGUUCUCUUUCAGGUCGGGCCGGGCCCGGCCGCUUCCGCGAGCGCCUGGCAGACUGAGGGAGAGAGAGAGAGAAAGAGGAGGGGAGGAGGAGGAUGAUUCAGGGAAUAGGAGCUGGGGAGCCCUUCUGCGCCACAGUGAUACCAAUAUCAAGAUAAAAGUGUGGAAUGGGAGAAAAAUUCUCAAAGCCUGAAAGAAAAUCUGGAGAUGCUGUUUUUCCAGCAGUUAAGAGAGAACUUAGCUUGUCUGUUUCUUGAUUCCUCUUCAAUUUCUGUUUGCAAACCAAGACUUGUGUUUGGAGAACUCUGUUGUACUGAGCCUAAGUCAUUUUUGAUCUAUAACAAGAACAUGCAUUUUCACAUGUCAACCGGAUUUGUGGACCAGUAAAGUUCUCCCCAAAGAGAUGGAGUCUCACUCUGUCAUCCAGUCUGGAAUAUAGUGGUGCAGUCAUAGCCCAUUGUAGCCUCCAUCUCAAGGACUCAAGAGAUCUUCCCUCAGAGGCCUCCCAAGUAGCUGGGAUUACAGACAUGUUGAGAAAACAGCAUGGAAUAUCUAAUUAUAAUGUAUAAGGUUGUGAACAAAUCUUUUGGAUCACUCAAAGAUUCCAUCGUUUUCAACUGUAGUUACUUUUGGUGACAUUGUCCAGUUCCCACAAUGUAUCAUUCCUUAUCUGAAACUAGACAUCCUCUGCAGCCAGAAGAACAAGAAGUAGGCAUUGACCCCUUGUCCAGUUACUCUAACAAGUCUGGAGGAGAUUCAAAUAAAAAUGGAAGAAGAACAAGUUCUACUUUAGACUCUGAAGGGACUUUUAAUUCCUAUAGGAAAGAAUGGGAAGAACUAUUUGUAAACAACAAUUACUUGGCAACAAUAAGGCAGAAGGGGAUUAAUGGGCAGCUGAGAAGCAGCAGGUUCCGCAGCAUUUGCUGGAAGCUAUUUCUUUGUGUUCUUCCUCAAGACAAAAGUCAAUGGAUAAGUAGAAUUGAAGAAUUAAGAGCAUGGUAUAGCAACAUUAAAGAAAUACAUAUUACAAACCCAAGGAAGGUUGUUGGCCAACAAGAUUUGAUGAUCAAUAAUCCUCUUUCACAGGAUGAAGGGAGUCUUUGGAACAAAUUCUUCCAAGAUAAAGAACUUCGAUCAAUGAUUGAACAAGAUGUCAAAAGAACGUUUCCUGAAAUGCAGUUUUUCCAACAAGAAAAUGUGAGAAAAAUUCUUACAGAUGUUCUUUUCUGUUAUGCCAGAGAAAACGAGCAGUUGCUUUAUAAACAGGGUAUGCACGAGCUGUUAGCACCUAUAGUCUUUGUCCUUCACUGUGACCACCAAGCUUUUCUACAUGCCAGUGAGUCUGCACAGCCCAGUGAGGAAAUGAAAACUCUCUUGAACCCUGAGUAUCUGGAACAUGAUGCCUAUGCAGUAUUCUCACAACUUAUGGAAACUGCUGAACCUUGGUUUUCAACUUUUGAGCAUGAUGGUCAGAAGGGGAAAGAAACACUGAUGACUCCCAUUCCCUUUGCUAGACCACAAGAUUUAGGGCCAACAGUUGCUAUUGUCACUAAAGUCAACCAGAUCCAGGAUCAUCUACUGAAGAAGCAUGAUAUUGAGCUUUACAUGCACUUGAACAGACUAGAAAUUGCACCACAGAUAUAUGGGUUAAGGUGGGUGCGGCUGCUGUUUGGACGAGAGUUCCCCCUGCAGGACCUUCUGGUGGUCUGGGAUGCCUUGUUUGCAGACGGCCUCAGCCUGGGUUUAGUAGAUUAUAUCUUCAUAGCCAUGUUACUCUACAUCCGAGAUGCUUUGAUCUCUAGUAACUACCAGACCUGUCUCGGCCUUCUGAUGCAUUACCCAUUCAUCGGGGAUGUACACUCACUGAUUCUUAAGGCUCUGUUCCUUAGAGACCCAAAGAGAAAUCCAAGACCAGUGACUUAUCAAUUCCAUCCAAAUUUAGAUUACUACAAAGCACGAGGAGCCGACCUCAUGAAUAAAAGCCGGACCAAUGCCAAAGGUGCUCCCCUGAAUAUAAAUAAGGUGUCUAAUAGCCUGAUUAAUUUUGGAAGAAAGUUGAUUUCCCCAGCAAUGGCUCCAGGCAGUGCAGGUGGCCCUGUACCUGGAGGCAACAGCAGUAGCUCCUCCUCCGUUGUGAUUCCUACCAGGACCUCAGCAGAGACCCCAAGGCAUCACUUGCAACAGCAACAGCAACAGCAGCAGCAGAGGCUGAUGAAAUCAGAAAGCAUGCCUGUACAAUUGAACAAAGGCGAUGUAGUUACAGGAAGCGAUGCUCAGGUUUCUGUUCCUGUCCAGACUCUAACUGACCUCCAAGGGCAAAGUUCUAAAAACAUCAGUUCAUCUCCAAGUGUUGAGAGUUUGCCUGGAGGAAGAGAAUUCACUGGCUCCCCACCUUCAUCUGCUACUAAAAAAGAUUCCUUUUUUAGCAACAUCUCACGUUCCCGCUCACACAGCAAAACUAUGGGCAGAAAAGAAUCUGAAGAAGAAUUAGAAGCCCAAAUUUCCUUCCUUCAAGGACAGUUGAAUGACCUGGAUGCCAUGUGCAAAUACUGUGCAAAGGUGAUGGACACUCAUCUUGUAAAUAUUCAAGAUGUGAUAUUACAAGAAAAUUUGGAAAAAGAAGAUCAAAUUCUGGUUUCCCUGGCAGGAUUAAAACAGAUCAAAGACAUUCUAAAAGGUUCCCUGCGUUUUAACCAGAGCCAGCUAGAGGCCGAAGAGAACGAACAGAUCACCAUCGCGGACAACCACUACUGCUCCAGCGGCCAGGGCCAGGGCCGAGGCCAGGGCCAGAGCGAUCAAAUGUCUGGGGUCAUUAAACAGGCCUCUUCAGAAACGCCAGGGUGCACCGAUAGAGGGAGUUCCGAUGACUUCAUCCUGAUUUCCAAAGAAGAUGAUGGGAGCAGUGCCAGGGGCUCCUUCUCUGGCCAGGCCCAGCCUCUUCGCACCCUCAGAAGCUCCUCUGGGAAAAGCCAGGCCCCAGCCUGCUCCCCACUGGUGUUCUCAGAUCCGCUGAUGGGCCCAGCCUCAGCUUCCUCCAGCAACCCCAGCUCCAGCCCUGAUGACGACAGUAGCAAGGACUCUGGCUUCACCAUUGUGAGUCCCCUGGACAUCUGACCACAGUGCCCAGUCCUGCCCCACAGGGAUCCAGCCACCCUUUAGUGGCCCCAAGGCCAGACUGAGGCUUGCCCAGUGGAGACCCUUCUGAAACCACUGCUUCCUUCCCGGCAUGCAUUUGGCAUUGGUCUAGCCCUUUGAAACCCCUUAGAGAGAAGCAUAUAUGGCCACAAAGCACACAGGCUUAGGUUUGCCAAAUGCAGACAGGGCUUUCUGGGCCCUUACCUAACCCCUACCCGACUCUUGCUCUGAGUUAGAGCUGAGUUACACACCCAGUAUCACACUCACAGUUAGAAAAGUAGAAACACUUUUCCUCUGUCCCCUUCCUCCCAGCCAAGAAUGUGUGGCAACUCCAUCAGUUAUACUUAGAAGGAGGAGAAAUCGUUUUUUCCUAUCUUCUAUCCCUCAAAGCACCAGACAUAGGAAAAUUGGUUUAUACCAAGAAAGCUUCCUCUGUGGAAAUCUGUCUAAGCCUACUUUAUUACUGCAUUGGGAAGCCAUAUCGCAGAUCUAAAUGCGAUAGAAUGAACUAGAACUAGUGGAUUCCAGGGCUGGGGGGAAAAAAACAAACCCAUUACUGACCUCUCAAAGUUAUAAUGAUCUCUGCAAACAGGGUCUAAACUUAGGAAUCAUACUUAGGUGCGAUGUAGCAUCAGAUUUUUUUUGAUGUAUUAAAGAAUGCAUCUCCAGUCCUUAGGCCAUCAAUGUCUCUCCUUAAACAAUUGUAUUUCACCUUUUAGAAUCUUUCAUAGUCAGAAAACAAGGUUACUAUAAGCCAGUUUUUGCUGCACUGAUUUCAAAAGAUAUAAGAAUAUUACUAUCCUUCAGAUGGAAAAUGUGGCCUUGACUUUAUGGGAUAAACAUCUUUCAGACAGUUUUCUAGUCAAGUUUCUCUGGUUUCAGAGCUGUAUAUAUACACCUGUCAACUGAGGAGUAAAGGGAAAAACCCAAGUUCGUUCCCACCCAAAGUCAGAAUUCCUCAUUGGCCUUAAAGUAGCAGUCACAAGACUUAGAGAAUUGGACCUAGAGUCCCUUCUGUGGGGAAUAAGGAUACCUAGAGAACAUUCCAGAUGCCAAGAGGAUGCAGGAUUUCUGCACAACCUCUUCCCUUCUUGGAAGUCAAAUGUAGGAACUGCAGGGCCUGUGCUCAUCUGUGAACCUGCAUCCUGGGCACCACUGCCAGGACCGGGUCUGACAUGCCAGUGCCUUCCUGGGCUGCACAGAGACUCUCCCCCUUGUCAGCCAGCACCUUAGGAAACCAUCAUGGGCACAGAGCAUCACAUGAGUUGUUUCUCUCUUUAAAGAAGAUUCCCUGGAAAGGAUGCUUUUCCUCUCCUCUGCCUGCGCAGGAAUUCUAACAGGAAUGGGUAAGGAUGGCAGAGGGACACAGUGCCUGUCUCGCCUCCAUCAGGGAGAGCAGCCAUACCAGGGAUGACUGACUCUUUGAGCCUGUCCUCAGAGGAUGGCGAGGCAGCUGGGCAGUGGAGGCCUUCAUGGUAACAAAUGAAAGCUCAGUAUAGAGGAGCAGACACUGUCUACGUCCCUCCCACUGCUCACCUUAUAUAUCUGUGUAGACAAAUGUGAUAAUGACAAUGAUUUCCCACCCGCCCUCCAAGAAAAUGGUGACUCCCUCUCAAGUCAGCUACUGGAGAGAGGAGGGUUCUCAUUAGCUCUGCAGUUUGCUCUUAAACUCUGGCAGGGAAAUCUCCUCUUCCCACAUCAGCAUGUAAGGUGAAUAAUAACUGUGGUUUUGCCAGACAACAGGUUGUCUGGCCUUCAACCACUGGGCAGUUGCCUGGCAGAUGCACACAGUAGCUCCCUGGCUUCUGGCUCUGAGUGUUCCUCUCAGCACCUCUGAGUAAGUUGCUGCCAAGCACAUAUCCCUAUGACAACACUUUGUAAGCCACGGGGCCCCCAUACAGUGAGUGACCUUGCAGCUGUGCAGGGUUGCCAUUGGUCACUUUCGCACCUUGGGAAGGUGUCAGUGUUUUCAGUUCUCAGGUAAGAGGUGUAGAACUGUUCCUGCCAGGGCUCUGGGAUCGACUGGAAAGGACCACAAAGCUGGUCAUCCCUGGGCAGCUGGGCCACUGUCACCUGCUGACCUCUAGUAUUUCCUUUGCCCUAGAGCUAGAGUCAUGAUAGCUGAGGUCUCUGGCCCUGCAAGAGUCACUAGGCACCCACCAUGCCAAUAAGGCUCUCCGCUGGCUCCCUGCAGUUGGCUGGGUGUUUAAUAGUUACUGAAAACUCCCAGCCCUGCUGCACACUAGAGGCAGGACCUCGUGGUCCUCUCUAUUCUGUGCUCCUAUGUUGGUGGCAUGUGAGGACCAAUGGGUUCACUCAGAGAUAGUGCUUCUGUGUCCCCCAACAAGCUCACGCCCUCUUGGGAGGAGAGAGACAUACAAGAACAGUGGGUCAUGGGCAGUACCAGCCUCAAAUUCCCACAGGCUCAUACUCAGACAAUUGUAUUACUGCCUUUUGUUUUUUAAGUGUUUUUUUUUUUAUUCUUCAUAGUUGAGUAUUAUUUGCAAUUUUAUUAGUUACAGUGCUAUUAAAGAAUAUGUGUUCCUUUUAUUAUUUUAUCAGAUACUUAUGUUUACUUGCACAUUUUUUAAAUCUUGAAUAUAUUGUGUUUUGUUAACAAAUGUAGUAAUCAGUGGAACUCUUGUUAUGUUUUGAUUAUUAGCAGUUAAAUACAUUUUGUAUACAUGAAGCUUAGAUUAAUUCCCAUCAUCAUCUCCUUUUUUUAUAUAUGCCCCUAUGUGUUUUAUGCAUUCCUCUUUGAUCGGAUUGGAAUUUGAGCUAAAAUUUAGCUUUGUACAUUACGUGUGAGAGUUACAGACUAGCAAGUCUAAUUACUUUGCCUUACCUUGAGUGUAUGCCACAGGGUCAGAUAACACGUUAAACAUUUAGUUACACUGGAUUACUCUGCCAAAGCUGACCUCCUGCUGAUGUUCAGAGGUAACUGCAAUCUGGAAAGAGAUAAUAUCACUGCAGAAGGAAUGUGACUCUAAAAAUAAACCAGGACCUCCCUGUGAUUUGCCUUGUCUGCAGAUGACCGAUGGACUCUCGUGUGUCAGCCCUGGGCUUGCUAAGGAAGCUGCCUCAGGGAGUUGGGGGUCAGUUGCCGCUCUCAACGGGAAUGCGGGAAUGCCUCCUCUCCUUGUCAGAGAUGCUGAACAAAUAGCAAGCUCUGUGGCAGUCAUGCUGGCCUCCUAAUAAUAACCUGUCAGAGUUGAUGCACAUGAUUUUUGUGUUGUUUUUUUUUUUUUAAGAAACUGCCCCAGGGGUUCAUUAUAGAACAGGAGUGUGUAUGGAGGACUUAGGUCCCCACAUAGAGUGGCCGUUCUGUGGCGGCUACAACCAAUUCCAUCCCUUCUUUCCUGCGGACACACACCUGACCCCUGGCCCCUGCCCUGUGUGUCCAGAGGAGGGGCACUGGGGAGGCUGUGGAGCAGAGGGAAGAGGCCGGAUGCAUUGAGGAUGGCGCCUGGCAAGCCAGGCUUCCUUCUCAAAGGCCAGACUGCUUUCUCAGUGUUACUUUCUAAAGCUCUCUUUUUAUGGUGUUAUAAAGAUGUAUAAAGUUGGUAUAAACAGGCUUGAGACCACUUUGAUGUAAAAGCUGUCAUAGCAGUUUUUCUUACAGUGGCACAAUUCAUUUGAUUGAUGGAAUAUUCAGUGAUGCCAUUUAUGUCCUAUCGCUUUUUUCUCAUCCAUCUUUAUGCUAUAACUCAUAUUGAUUUAAGAAAUGAUUUCUCCUUUUGGCAAAGCGAUCCCAUUCAAUAUGGUUAUAAUAAAAGACUAAUGUGAAACUGA